AGAGAAUCUCUCCAAACGCUCGAGAUCUUGUUAGUCCUGCCAUGAGAAAGAUGAGCAUCUCGCAGGAACACGGAUCGAAACGGAUCAAGCUUGCGUCCGAAUCUUCUGACGACAGAUCGCAAAGUUGGCCAGCAUCAAGCGGCUCACUCCGUAUUUCCCUCAGAAACACGCCUGCGAGACAACAGUCGAUAUCCUCUGCAGCAAAAGUCGCAUUAGAAAUAUCCGAAUCUGACGACUUAGCCUACAAUGGUGAGAAUCAUCGCCCGGUGUCUGCAUCGAAGGCCAAGACUACACCGAAAACCUCUAUAAUGCAUCCCACGAAGGCCGAAACCAGUGCUGAUGACUCUUCUGAUUCUUCAGCGGAGCCAAUCACCCUGGCAUCUUUCUUGAAAGCGUCCGGAAAGCGUGCCGAUUCGGGUGAUGAAUCUGAGGACUCUGAACACGCCGCAAAGCCUGACCAAAGUCAAGCAAAGACCAGCAUCAUGAAUCCGGUGGCCCCACGGCAGGCUGGCGAUGACGAAAGUGACGAAGAAGAGCCAGACGAGGAUGAAUGGGUUGUCGAAGCUAUACUCGGCCAUCGAAUGUCAGACCCUAAGACUCAUCCUCGCCAGAAACAAGUCGUGCUCUAUCAUACUAAAUGGGAAGGUAGCGAAGAACUGACAUGGGAGCCAUCCGACAGCUUCAUGGAUCCAAGCACAGUUCGUGAUUAUCACAAGCGAUUAGAAGAAGAGAAAAGAAAUGCUCAAAACGCGAAAGCGACACCAGAGCGGUCAAGACAGGCGGUGCAAGUUGCUCAGGCAGCGACCACUCGCGUGCCAAUGCCGAGCACCGCACAACCAAGGAAGCAAAUGGAGGAGUCCAGUGAUGAAGAGAGCGAUGAGGACGAUGAGGAGGGAUGGGAAAUUGAAUCAAUCUUGGCACAUCACAUGAGUGAUCCGCGAACACACCCGGGCAAAGCGCGGACAAUGCUCUACAAAGUGAAGUGGAAGGGUUGGAAGGAGCAUACUUGGGAGCCUCUGGCGAGCUUUCCAGACAAGGCUGUCGUGAAUGCGUACAGACGGAAGAUGGGUCUGAUACCAGUGUGAGCAGCCACCGUAAGUAGAACUUAUGCUGCAUGAAAUCUUGCUCAUAGACUGCCCUCAGCAUUCAUGAAUUCUGACUCAGUGGCGACGGAACAGUCAUAGCUUCAGCUUC